AUGAUCUCAUCGUCGUCAUGUUCUACUCACCAGGUAUAUUUGUCUCUGCAGUAUGAAAAAGCUGCUUCUAUCUUGAGUAGUCAUGAUCCUCCGGUUAUAUUGGCUAAAAUUGACGCCGAUGAUGAGAACAACAAAUACAUUGCUGCAGAAUUUGAAGUUAAGGUUUACCCAACAAUUAGGAUUCUUAGAAAUGGGGGAAAGAAUGUUCAAGAUUACAAAGGUCCCCGCGUAGCAGAUAGAAUCGCUGAUUAUUUGAAGAAACAAAGUGGUCCCGCUUCAACUGAAAUUAAAUCUGUUGAUGAUGCUACCGCUUUUAUUGAAGAUAAAGUUGCUAUUGUUGGAGUAUUUCCGAAAUUUUCUGGGGAGGAGUUCUAUAACUUCACUGUGUUAGCAGAGAAGUUGCGUGAUGACUAUGAGUUUGGUCACACUCUGAGUGCCAAACACCUUCCAAGAGGAGAAUCAUCAGUUGCUGGGCCCAUAGUUAGGUUAUUCAAGCCAUUUGACGAACUUUUUGUUGACUUUCAGGAUUUUCAUGUGGACGCUCUAGAGAAGUUUGUUGAACAAUCUAGUCAGCCUGUUGUGACUAUCUUUAACAAUGAUUUGAGAAAUCAUCCUUUUAUUACCAAGUUCUUCAGUAGUCCCAAUACAAAGGUAAUGUUGUUUAUCAACUUCACUGCCGAAGGUGCUGAAACUUUCGCAUCAAAAUUCCAAGAAACUGCCGAGCAAUACAGACAACCAGGUGUAAGCUUUCUGUUGGGAGAUGUCAGCUUUAUUAAAGAUUCUUUACAGUAUUUUGGAGUGAAGGAAGAUCAAGUACCUCUAAUUUUGGUACAACAUAUUGAUCGGAAGAAAUUUCUCAAACCCAAUUUGGAAGCUGAUCACAUUUUAACUUGGUUCAAGGCAUACAAGGAUGGAAAUAUUGCACCUUAUUUUAAGUCUGAACCUAUUCCUGAAGUUAACGACGAACCUGUUAAAGUGGUAGUUGGGAAAAGCUUCCAGGACAUAGUUUUCAACUCUGGGAAGAAUGUUCUGCUGGAGUUUUAUUCUCCCUGGUGUCCUUACUGCACAGAGUUGGAUCCAACAAUGGAGGAAGUUGCUGUUUCAUAUCAAAGUGAUGCUGAUGUUAUUAUUGCAAAAAUGGAUGGAAUUGCCAACGAUAACCCAAGUGAUUCCUUUGAAGCCACACGUUAUCCAACUAUUUACUUCAGGUCAGCAAGUGGAAAGAUAUCAAAAUACGAUGGCAAUAAGACCAAGGAAGACUUCAUAGAAUUCAUUGAAAAGAAUAGGGAGAAACCUGUUCAUCAAGAACAAGAAAAGGGUGAGAAAGAAAAUGUAAAAGAUGAGCUUUGA